CACGGGGUCCCAGGACUCCAGAAGGCCAGAGUCGCGUUCCUCAGGACGUCCUGCGGCAGCGCCCUGCCUCAGGCCCGUGGAGGUGCGACCGUCCGCUUCCCAACGCACUCGGUUCCUCGCGGGCACUUUUCCUGUGGUGCUCCGAAACUCUCUGCAGGCGCCCACGGGCUGCAUGCAAGCAUGAUGGAUGGCAGCGCGCUGCACCAGUUCGUGCCCUCCUCGCCUGGAGUCGCCGGAGCCUGCGCUGCUCCGCAGAGACCGGCGUCCCCGGAGCUGCUGCGCUGCAGCCGGCGGCGGCGAUCAGGCGCAACCGAGGCCAGCAGCAGCUCGGCGGCGGCCGUGGCACGCCGCAAUGAGCGCGAGCGCAAUCGUGUGAAGCUGGUAAACUUGGGCUUCCAGGCGCUGCGACAGCACGUGCCGCACGGCGGCGCCAGCAAGAAGCUGAGUAAGGUGGAGACGCUGCGCUCGGCGGUAGAGUAUAUUCGUGCGCUGCAGCGGCUGCUUGCGGAGCACGACGCGGUGCGCGCUGCGCUUGCGGGGGGUUUGCUAACACCGGCCACUCUGCAGCCGGCCGCCCGCGCGCCGCCCACCGUCUCCUCUGCCAGCACUCCUCUGUCCUGUGCUCUGUCCUGCGCCUCUACGUCCCCGGACAGCGGAGGCAGCUCCGAGCUUGGCUCCCCGAGCUCCGCCUAUUCGUCGGAGGACAGCGGCUGCGAGGGAGAGCUGAGUCAGAUGGACUGCGAGCUGCUUGACUUUUCCAGCUGGUUAGGGGGCUUCUGAACACCCCACCCCACC